CUCUGUUGUCAUUCCUGUGCCUGUUUAGCAGCAGUUUAAACUGGACAUUCAUUGUCCGGUUCUCCAUCAAACUUGUCGCCGGCCAAACAACUUUUGGUCAUCAAACCGUUAUUUACAACAUUUUGCAUAAAACUGUCACAGCAAAACCCGUUGAUAUUCUUUGGAAACUUGGUAAACGAAUAACGGCAGUUUUUCCACAAUAGUGCUUGCUGUUAAUAACAGUGAAGCAAGAUGUUAAGCUUUCGGAUGCAAAACAUAUAAAGUAGAAGAGGAAGACAGGCGAACAAUAGAAGACAAUUAAAGAAAUAAAUAAAACACAGUGGAAUUGUGCAUGGAAGUUUCUAUUUGCCAUAGAUGUAACGAGAAAAGCUCCCACACGUUGUUCUCGCAUUUCACGACAGUCGCAAAACAGUCUUACAUGAGCCAACUAUGAAAAUUGGCGUUAAUUAAACUAAAAAACCUACGGCAAACAUUUUAAACGCCAAAAUGUGGAUACAACCCAAAGAGCUGCUGCUACCGUCGGCAUUUUGGACCGCCGAAAUGUACUCCAGGUAUUUUGUGCUACAGAAGCGACGCGGACAUGGCGAAUCGCGCGGAUUUGGCUCAAUGCUGGUGGGCACCUUUGACAGCGUGAUGAACACAAAGCCGGCGCCCUAUCGAAUACUGCAUCAGACGCCGUCCUCGGAAGUGUCUUAUGAAAUUGCCAUUGGCAUAACACAGGAUGACAUCGUCAAGGAUUGGGAAUGGCUGCAGACCAAUCUCUUCAGUGUACUCAACGAAAUGGAAAACGAGGAUGAAGUUACAAACUUUACCAUAUGCAAAAUACAAUCGCUCUAUGCUCAAAAUAAUCAAGACGAAUCUGGCGAAUCGCCAGACUUCAAAGUGAAGUCCUCUAACUUUAGACAAAUCUUCAAGAUGCCCGAAGAGGAACGCCUGGUCAACUCGUACUCGGCCACCUAUAUUAAGAAUAAAAUACCGCGCCAGGGACAGUUGUACAUUUCGCUGAACCAUGUGUGCUUCUACUCGCUCAUGCUUAACCAGGAGAUCAAGCUAAUCAUACGCUUCGCUGAGCUGGAGGACAUAAGUCGCAGUGGCAAUACAAUUUAUCUGAAGACUACCAACAAUAUGACGUACAAUUUCACGCUGAUGUUCAACAUGAAUGAGGCGCACGUCCUCAUUGAGCAGCUAAACAAAAUGGCCAUACAAAAGUUAAUACAUGACCCAGAGAGUCCCGUUGUGGACCAUGAUCCAUCGAAUUUUGCGCGUCUCGGCGCUAAAACUUCAAAGAAGUCGGUGCUGCUGCGUGAUUUGACGGCUCGUCAAAAAUCUGAGGAGUUUCGCGUUUACUUUCGUCUGCCGCAAACAGAAAUUAUUGAUGGCAAGAUUAAAGCCGACAUAUGGACUCCGUACUCGAAGCGAUUCAAUGCCGGCUACAUUUAUCUGUCACCCAAUUUCUUUUGCUUUCGCAGCGAUGUCAAGGAUUUGGUUAGCGUUGUAAUACCAAUGAAAACUAUAAAGAGUGUUGAGAAAAAGGACGAUGGUCAGCAACGUUUUGACAAUCAAAUUGUCAUUUUUACAGCGGAGAAUGUGCCUUUUAUGUUCGCCAAAAUUGCGGAUCGCGAGGUUCUCAUCUCGAAAAUUACAGAUCUACUGUCGCGAAUUCAUAUACCGGUUAGUCGCGAACGUGCCAAGUACGAUAUCUCGUGGAGCAAACAGACCGCAUUGCUCAACACAUUCAAGACGGAGUUCAGCGCGGACAUACAGAAGAAGCAGGAGCUAAAAAUGGCACGCUGGGAAGAACAUUUUCGCGAUUUCGGACGCGGCAUUGCUAUGUAUCGCACCACAGAUGUGAUCAAUUUAAUUGUGGAGGGGAUACCGGACAAGCUAAGGCAGGAGAUUUGGCUAAUCUUCUCUGGCGCUAUACACGACAAAGAAAUGAAUCCCGGCCUGUAUGAGGAUUUGGUGGAGAAAGCCGCUUGCAUUAAGGAUUCGUAUACGCACGAGGAAAUCGAUAGGGACUUGAAGCGUUCGCUGCCCGAGCAUCCGGCAUUCCAAUGUACCGAUGGCACCGGUGCCCUGAGACGAGUACUGCAGGCAUAUGCGCUGCGUAAUCCGCAGGUGGGCUACUGUCAGGCCAUGAACAUUGUUUCAUCGGUAUUUCUGCUCUUUUGCGAUGAGGAGAACGCCUUCUGGAUGCUGGCCAGCCUCUGCGAGAAUCUGUUGCCAGACUACUACAAGGACAAGGUUGUGGGUGCCCAGAUUGAUCAGGGCGUGCUUAAUGAGCUGGUGGAGACAUAUCUGUCGGAUUUGCAUGAGCAUCUAGAACGACUUAACGUUAUUAAAAUGAUCUCCAUCUCGUGGUUCCUCGCCAUAUUCAUAAGUGUGAUCAGCUAUGAGAGUUCCUUGCAAAUAUUGGACUGCUUCUUCUAUGAGGGCGCCAAGAUCAUUUUCAUGGUCUCACUACAGAUCAUCGAAUGGAACCGCGACAAGCUGCUGAACUGUCAGGACGAUGGGGAGGCCAUGCUGGUACUGCAAACCUAUUUAGAGGGUAUCUACAAUCCCGAAUACCAAGUGCCACAGACCACGGACAAGCGCGAACGAGUACGCACCCAAACAGUACAGACUUUGAUACACGAGGCGUAUACUAAAUUCGGCGAGGAGCUGACGCAGCAGCGCAUCGAGGAGCUGCGCAAUAAGCAUCGACGCCUCACAAUGCGACAGUUCGACAUUGACAACGAGAAGACCAUUGUAAAGGCCCAUAUGCAGAAUGUGUACUUUGAGCGGCAGGAACUGCACAUGCUGCUCACAAUAAUACGGGAGGAGAAGCUGACACUCAAGUCUAUGCAGCAGCAGCAGCAGAAGGCACAAUGCCACAUGAGUGAGGCGCCGCAGCUGCUGCCUCAUCAUCAGUCACCGACACGUGCUGGACUUGGCGAUGUUAUGCCUGGUGGCGGUAAUGGACGCCACGAAGCUUACAGCGUCAACUUUGAGGUAUUCCACACACUCUUCACAGAGCUAACGCCCUGGCGAAAGUGCGUUAGCGUUGAUGUUGGUGAAAAACUUUUCAGGCUGACGGACAAAAAAGGCACCGGACAAUUGGACUUUGGUCAGCUAAUCAACGCUUUUGGCUUGGUUUGCUCCAGCAAGAGCAUGGAGAAACUGAAGCUGCUCUUUGUGUUGCAUUUACCGCCGUUGCUUUCUAAGGCAGAAAUUGAACGCAUGCGACGUCCGCGACCGCGGACCAAAGAUGAUGCCGAGGAGGCAUUCGAAGCAGAGGAUUUCUUUGACGAGGAUGCCUCUGAGUCGAUUGAAGCGCUGCCGUCUCCAUCGGAUCACAACUUUGAUGCCGAUGACUAUGCGCUGAUUAGCGCCACGCAGCAUUUGCAUAAUCUGGCUGGCAUUUCGGGCAACACAUUCAUGGAUUUGUCAAGAACAACGCCGAAUCUUUCGCUGAAUUCGAAUGCAUCGUCGCUGGCGCAGCGCAACUCGACUUUUUAUGUGGAUCUGCCCGCUGCACACCAGGGUACUACAACACGCACAGAUGCUGGGCAGGAUGACGACAACGACAUCGGCCUACGCCAGCAGGGACGUUACGAAUCGAUUGACACAUUUUCGGAUAUUUCAGAUCUGGGCGCGGCACGCAUAACGCCGCCGCAAACAUCGACGACAGCUGCAGCCGCAAGUGCUGCAGAACAAAUGCUACUGAACGUUGAGACUAUAUCGAAUUUCUCACAGAUCAGCGACCUGGUCGCGGCUACGCGUCUAGAGCGCGCCGAUUCGAAUGCAACGGAUACACGCAGCUUGGGCAGCCUCGGCUAUUUGCUGGAUGAGGGUGCCUCCGCCACUGGACAGCACCGUCAGGUACCCAACAUGCGCAAGGAGAACUUUCAGUUGCUGUGGCGCAGCAUCAUUGAGAUAAUGGGCUGUGUACAGGACGAGGAUAUGAGACGUGCAUACGAAAAUCUCAUUGAAAUGGGCAACAGCAAUAUUAAGAAGGAGCCAAGCUUGGAGAGUUUCACGCAGCUCAAUUUAGGCGGCAGUGGCGAUGAGCAACCGGAUAGCAAUGGAAAUCCCACGACACCCGCGGCAGAGCCCAGCAGCACGACACGUUUAUUUGUGGCUCUCGAGGAGGAGUUGCGUCAGGCAAAAGCAGGAACAGCAGCUGCAGCUGGAGCAUCAGCAACAGCAACCACAUCCAACAGCAGCGGCAGCAGCAAUAGCACAAACACAUCGGAUGCCUGGCAUAUAUCCAUUAAUCAGUUUAUAGCCACUGUACUCACUUGCGAAUGCAUUGUUAAAGCAUUCCAGACGCGCACCCACAUCGUGGAGCAGAUUGAACAGCUGCAGAAGAAACGACGUAAGUGCUUGUCCACUAACUACAACUACUAAGUCCCCCCUUUGAAAUCCAAUAUCCUGCUAGAACCCAAUGUAUUAGCCAUUAAAAGAAACCCAUAGAACUGUGCAAUGCGGCUUCAGCUUUUAACCGUGCCCCGUUUUAAAAAAAAAUAUAUAUAUACAUAUAUAUAUAUAUCUAUCUAUCUAUAUAUAUAUAUUUAUAUAUAUAUAUGUUAUUCGUAUAUUACCCCGAUUAGUUAAGCCAACUGUUUGUGAAUAUAGUUCUAUUAUUAUACCUAUUAUACAAAAAAAAA